UUUCACCACGUUCGGUGACAGUCGUGAAUCUUCUUUUGCUUCGAGCGGACGUCUCACGUCCUAAAAAACUAUCGAUCGAACCGUUGCGGGCUAUAUAGUAUACAUAUAGAUAGUAUAUAAAGUCGGACGGAUAUAAUUUUUAUCGGUUACCCAUUACGAACUCCAUUCCUACGUUAUCCUUCCAUAAACCGCCUUGAAAAAAAGGUACGAAACCAAUCAAAAUGGGAGAAACGGAUGGAGAUAUCGAGCCACGGGCCUCGGCCGAACCAGAGGCGCCAGCAGCGCAGGACACCUUGCAGGUGCCAACGCAAAAGAAGCGAAAACUCAAAUCACCAACUCCGGGCAGCUUACGCGGACGCAGCUCCACGCCAAUACAUGGCCGGAGUCAGACGCCGUUCUCCCUCUACAUGACUCGACGCAGUGCCACGCCCUCGACAUGGCGCAGCAUUACGCCUUUCCUGAAUCGCGAGGAGAAGGAGAAGACUCCUUUCGAGCUGGGUCGGGACAUAAAGAGCCAGACCACGUGCAACAUUGCCGUCUUCGAUCGGGCCCUCGUCAUGGAUAUCUCCGAGCCGUUGGAUGUGCAGAAGCCCGUGCGUUACAUAACGUCGGACUUGUCGGUAAUCGAUCGCGCUGCCGUAAUGGAUGUGUCGAACGUUGAGGUUAUCUACGUCGUGGAGGAGUACGAGGAGGUCGACGAGGAGGAGGAGAUCCUCGAGGAGGUGAAGCCCAAGAAGAAGGAGAAGAAGGCCAGGAAGCCGCGUGUCGCGCGCAAGUCCGUCGACUUGACAUCGGGCGGUGAAGAUAACGAUGAGCUUGCUGAAGGCCUCGAUGACCGGGAGGACAGUUUGGAUCUCGACGAUGACGAGCCCGUCAAGAAGGGCAAAAAGAAGGCUCCGCCCAAGAAGAAGGAGAAGAAGGAGAAGUCACCCAGUCCCAAGUUGAGCUUGAAGCUGGAGAUUGGUGGCGGCCAGAAGGCCAGCAAGAAGAUGUUCGAGCAGCAGCAGGCUGGACCCAAGCCACCGCCAAAGAAGAGCAAGAUGGUGCUCCAAAUGGAGGAGCAAGCCAAGGCGGCUGCCAAGGCCGCCGAGGAGGCGGCCGCACGUGCCAAGCCCAAGGGCGAGACCUUUGAGGAGCGCCAGAAGCGUCUGCAGGCCGAGAAGGAGGAACAGGAGGAGCAGGAACGCCUAGAGGCCGAGCAGCGGGCCCUAGAGGAGGCCGAGGCGGAAGCCGAAGAGGAAGAGGAGCUACCAGAGGAGGGCGAUGAGGCUGGCUACGGAGAAGAGGGCAACGAAAAUCUCGAGGAAGGUGAAGAAAAUCCCGAAGAACUCGCCGAGGAAGAGGAGGACGUUGUGGUCCCCCUGAAGAAGGAGAAACGACGCGGCAGCGACUCCUCCGACGACUUUGUUCGUCCCGAUCCCCACGAGGAGGAGCGCUGGCAGCGCAUUGCCGCCAUCGAGGGUGAGGCGUUCAUGCAGCAGAUGCGCAAGUACAGCAUGGCCAAGCGCAUCAGCGAGAAGGAGCGCGACGCCGACUGGCAGAAUCGCCGAGAGCAGGCACGUCGGCCCAAGUUUAUCAACUUCCUCUCCGAUCGCACCGUCGAGUGCGGUCAGAGUGUGCGCCUCGCCUGCGCUGUCGACGGGCCCGAGCUGUCGGCCAAGUGGUUCAAGGAUCGCCGGCAGCUGGAGCGCGAUGGCAACCAUCGUAUUCUCAACAAUAACAACAUUCUCGUGCUGGAGGUGCUCAACACAAAUAUCCUGGACUCCGGCGAGUAUUCGUGCGUGAUCUCGAACCAGAACGACGAGGUGACCUCCUCGUGCAUUGUCACCAUCUACGAAGUGUUCAAGGACGAGCCGAAACCCCCAUCCAUUCAGUACAUCAAAGAGUACUAUCAUCUGCGCGACGAUGAGCUGACCAUCGAGUGCCAUGUUCAUGGUGUGCCCCGGCCGGUCAUCACUUGGUGGCGUGGUGCGUUCCAGGUGAAGCCCAGCUACAAGUUCACCAUGCUGGAGGAGGCACACGGUGUCUGCAAGCUGCUGAUCUACAAGCCCGGCAACAAGGAUGGCGGCAUCUACACUCUGAAGGCUAUCAAUUCCAUAGGCGAGGCUCAGAUCAAUCACACCGUGGAGGUGGCCAAGAAUCUGCACUACCAUGUGCCUGGCAUCUUCCAUGCCCGCGACAGGAUCCAACUGGACAGCUUGAAGCAGGCCAAGAAACAAAUGGAUGCGGCCCUCAAGUCCAUGGCCGAGUCGGAUCAGAGGCGUGCCGAGGCCGAGGCCGAGCAGGCGCGUCUCCGUCCAGUGCGUGCGUCCCCGGAGCCCCUGGUGCCCUCCAAGCAGAAGCUCUCGUUCGCCACCCAGCUGCGCGAUCGCAUGGCUCUCGAGGGAUCCACCAUUAAGUUUGUGGCCACCGUUAUCGGACCCUCGCCCAGCACCCGCUGGAUGAAGGACGACAAGUGGGUGGUGGUUGGUGGCAACAUCAAGAACCUCUCGGAAGAGGGAAAAGCCAUUCUGGCCAUCGAAAACGCCACCACUGCCGACUCGGGCGUCUACAAGUGCGUGGCCAAGAACGAUCUCAGCGAAAUUGAAACCUCUUGCUACUUCAAAGUGUAUGCGGCACAGACCGAUGGCGACGAAUCGGAGCCCAUAUUCGCCCUGCCCCUGCGAGAUGUAUAUCAUGCCUCGCAGAACGAUCUAAUUCUCGAUACGAAGGUGCGCGGCAAUCCCCGACCCGUCAUCUCGUGGACCAAAGACCAGAUACCCGUGGUGCUUGACGAUCGGGUGGUGCAGAUCGAGCACUUGGACGGCAUCUGUGAGCUUAUCAUCAACAAGCCGACCGUCAAUGACAACGGCAUCUAUGUUUGCACGGCCCAGAACAAGUUGGGCACUCAGUCGACCACCCACACGGUCGUCGUCGACACACACUCAUCCCGUCGAUCGAGUAUUCUCUCCACUUUGGCCAUGCAGGACGGUGCAAAGGAGGGCGAUGCCGCGGAGGGCGGUGGCAAGGCCAAGAGCAGGCCGAAGAAGAAGAAGGACGAUGAAGAGGAAGGCGGUGGCGGUGGGGAUGGCGGCUACGAGCGACGCAGCCGCAUGCCGGACCCUUCGCCCAAGCAAAUGCUCUACUUCACGGUCAAUCUGUCCAAUCGCUAUGUGGCCGAAGGCUCCAAGGUCAAGUUGCAGGCCGUAAUUGGAGGUCCCGAGCCGACGCUCAAGUGGCAGAAGGAUGACCAGAAUGUUACCUUCGGACCGAAAAUUCGCAACAUGAAUCGCGAUGGACUGGCGGUCCUGGAGUUUGUCAGCGCCUCCACAGAGGACUCGGGCACCUACUCCAUCACGGCGCAGAAUGAACACUGCAAGAUCACCACCUCGGCCGUGCUGCAUGUCUACGAGACGAAGGUCAACACCGAUGUCCAGCCCGUGUUUAUUCGCUCGCUGAAAGACACGUAUCACCUGAACACCAAUGAGCUGAUCCUGGAGACGGCGGUGCGUGGCCAGCCCACACCGGAGGUACAGUGGUUCAAGGACAGCAUUGAGAUCCAGAGCGGCGGUCGCUUCCAGCUGAUUGAGCAUCAGGACGGCACCUGCGAGCUCCUCAUCGAUCGCCCGGACAACAAGGACUCGGGAAAAUAUGUGGUCAAGGCCGAGAGUCGUGCCGGCAAAAUGGAGAUCUCGCAUUAUGUGCUGUUCGAGGGCAAGGCCCAUCACAUUGCGGACAACAUCCACGGCGUGUUCCAUGCGGACAAGAAUCUGCUGCGUCCCAAGGAGGAGAAGGAGAAGCCAUCGGAGGACUGGAGAAAGCCAGCACCAGUGGCGGCCGCACCCGAGGCCGAGUCUGAGGCUGAGGCCGAGGAGGGAGGCAAGGGCAAGCGACGUGGCCGCAAGGCGGACGAUGAGGAGGGAGCCUCAUCGGCCUACGCCUCGGACUAUGCCUCGGACUCGGGCAGUAUUUCGAGCAAGCGGCGCGAGAAGAACAUCGUCAUCCACUUCAGCACAUCGAUGAGGGAUCGUGUGGUGGCCGAGGGCUCCAAGGUGAAGAUCUCGUGCUUCCUGGACGCCAAGGAGCCGCAGGUCAAGUGGUUCAAGGACGGGGAGCAGAUAACGAACUCACCCAAGAUCAGGGGACGCUACAGCGAGGGAUUGUGCCUGCUGGAGAUCAUGAGCGCCACGGCGGAGGACAACGGCGAGUACAAGUGCUGGGGACGCGAUGAGACCGGUGAGGCGUCCACCUCGUGCCGCCUGGAGGUCUUCGAGGAUCCGGGCACUGGCGAUGUGCCUCCCACAUUCACGCGCAACAUCAAGGACACGCUGCACGGCAAGAUCAACGAGCUGCAGCUGGAUGUGCAUGUGCGCGGUCUGCCCACGCCCGCAGUCACGUGGGUGAAGGAUGGCGUGAAGAUCGAGAACAGUGACAAGUACCAGCAGGUGGACCACGAUGAUGGCACCUGCGAGCUGUUCAUCAGCAGCCCGAAGCCCUCGGACAGCGGCAAGUACGUGUGCCAGGCCGAGAAUCGCGAGGGCAAGACGGAGAUCGUGCAUAUGGUCACCGUGGAGAAGCGUGUGCGGGCACCACGCGUCUCACCGCCCAGGGAGGGUCGUCCUCCACGUCCUGCUGGCGAUGGCGAGGAGCCACCAGCUGAAGGCGAGGAGGGAGAGGUAGGAGCCGACGGUGAGCCGCGACGCAGGAAGCCCAAGCCCGACGAAGAGGAGGCGACAAGCUCGAGGCGAGAGGUGCCCAUGCCACCGGAUCUAAGGAAGCGUUUGUACUUCCGCAACUACCUCUCGAACCGCACCGUCAAGUCGGGCAGCAACGUCAAGUGGAUGGUGAACAUUGACGGCCCAGAGCCCAGUGCCAAGUGGUUCCACGGCGACCAGCCGAUUGCCUUCGGCCCCAAGAGCAAGAUGUCCAUGCAGGACGGCAUUGCCUGGCUGAAUCUGGUGGGUGUAACAGAGGAGGAUGCCGGCGAGUAUACGCUGCGGGUGAGGGGAUCCGACAACGAAAUCGUGAGCACUUGCAACCUGUUCGUUUACAGCACGGGUAAAGAGGAGAUAAUCCCACCCACCUUUGUCGUGGGCAUCAAAGACACAUAUUCUCUCAAUGAGAAUGAGUUGGUUCUGGAUUGUCGCGUGCGUGGCAAGCCACGCCCCGAGAUUGUGUGGAUGAAGGGCACCGAGAUACUGAACAACGAUGGCAAGUUCGUGAUGAGCGACCAGGCUGAUGGCUAUGCCAAGCUGGUCAUUAACAGCCCCACCGAGAAGGACUCUGGCGUGUACACGUGCGUGGCCCGCAAUGAGGGAGCCGAGAACAAGAUGUCCCAUCAGGUGGACUUCAAGGGUCGCGAACGCUACACACAGGAGAAGACUUCGGGCUUCUACCAUCGUGAUCCCAACAAGCCUCACUUCCUCAUGCCGCUGGGCAACCAGACCGUCUGCGAUGGCGGCACCGUGGCCAUCUCAGCCGAGUUCAUGCAGACAGCCACGCCCCUCGAGGUAAAAUGGUUGCGCGACCGCCAGGUGGUCGAGGGACCCAAUGUCCAGACGCUGGCUGAGCGCGGUGUCUACACGCUGACCAUCAUGAAAGCCGGAUCCGAGGUUGAGGGCACGUACACCUGCCGCGCUUCGAAUGCAUACGGACGGAUCGAGUCGCAUGUCAAUAUCGAUGUGGCUGUUGGUGCACCCAAGGAGGAGCGACCACCGCUGUUCCUGUCGCGCCCAGAAACCGAAAUGAAGAUCGCCGUGGGUGAUCCCUUCUCGUUUGCCUUCCGCAUUGCCGGCGAUCCGAAACCAAGGCUCACAUUCAUGAAGGGCACCAAGGACAUCACCCAAUCGGAUCGUGUCAGCCAAGAGGUAUCCGAUGACUACACCAGAUUCACAGUGCAGCAGGCCCAAAUCUCCGACUCGGGCACAUAUUUCGUUGUGGCACGUAACAACUUUGGCACGGACAGGAUAUUUGUUACCGUCACGGUAAACCCGCGCGCACGCUCAGCAACGCCAACGCAACCACGCUGGGGCCUACCCCUGGACAGUUACAGCGACACAUCGUAUUUCAGAGAUCCACCUGGCUGCAUAUCCACCGAGCCGUUGGUCGUUGACUCUGGACCCUCGCACAUCUCCCUGUCAUGGGGCAAGCCGGUGAGCGCCAACUCAGCUCCGGUUAUUGCCUACAAGGUGGACGCUUGGAUUGUGGGCCACGAGGGUGGCGCCUGCUGGCGAGAACUCGGACUGACACCCAUCAACUCCUUCGACGCUUUCAAUCUGAAGCCCAAUCUGGAGUACCACUUCCGUGUGACGCCCAAGAAUCGUUAUGGCUGGGGACCGGCUGUGCAGACGAGCUCCACUCUGCAGGUGGGCGGCGUCGAGUGCCUGCCCGAGUUCGUCAAGAUCCUGCCCGGCCAGGUGAAGGCCUUGCUUGGCGCCUCCUUCACGCUGCAGUGCAACAUGCGAGGAGCUCCACGGCCACAGAUAACUUGGUACAAGGAUGGCAUUCAGCUGAGCAGCAGCUCGGAGCGCGUGAGGAUACGACAGAUUGGCUCUACCUGUGCCCUGACUAUACCCACGGUCAGCGAUCUGGACUCUGGCCGCUACACCUGCGAGGCGACCAACUCCAAGGGCCGCGUCUCCACCUUUGCGCGGCUGCAGGUUGUCUCCGAUUCGCGGCUGUACGAGGCGGACUCCCGCCUGAAGGAAAUCGCCCACGGGCGCAAUGUGGCUGAGGUGGGUGACUCGUUGCCCAUUUUCACCAUGCGCCUGCGGGAUCGUCGGGUACAGGUCACCUAUCCAGUGCGUCUCACCUGCCAGAUUGUGGGCUAUCCUGUGCCUGAGAUACUCUGGUACAAGGAUGAGGAGCUCAUUAACGCCGAUAGUCGUCAUCUGAUCACAGCCGAGGGGCAGUUCUUCACGCUAGAGAUUGCGGCCACAACGCUGGACAUGAGCGGCACCUACACUUGCCUGGCUAAGAACGAGCUGGGCUCCGUGUCCUGCCACUGCAAUUUGGUGGUGGACAAAGGCAUACGCGCGUACAUCUCGCCCGACUUCUAUGUGCCUCUCGAUCCGUUCUAUGUGUUCCCCGAGGGCUCAGAGAUACGCCUCUCCACCAAGGUGGAGGCCUACCCAGCCGUGGGCGUUACCUGGCAUCGUAAUGGCAUGCGGCUGCGCCCCAGUCGUCGCCUGACCGCCACGCUGGACAGCAAUGGUUACGUCGAGCUGAUCAUUGCCGAGGCCACAGUGCGGGAUGCUGGCAUCUAUGUGUGCGUGGCCUCCAAUGUGGUCGGCAAGGUGGAGACCAUUUGCCGCGUGGCCAUCGAAGAGGAGGAGCACACAAUGGUGCAGCAACGUUCAAUGGAAAUACCCAGCAUCAAGACUGACGAUUUGCCUUACUCCAAGGAGCCGCUGUUUGUGGUCAAGCCACGUUCCAGUGAGGCCUACGAGGGUGACAAUGUCAUCAUAUUCUGCGAAGUGGUUGGCGAUCCAAAGCCCGAUGUGGUUUGGCUGCGUGAUUUUCUGAAUCCGGAGUACUAUAAGGACGCGCCACAUUUCCGCAGGAUUGGCGAGGGACCAGAGUAUAGACUGGAGAUACCCAGCGCCAAAUUGGACUUUACCGGCACCUACUCUGUCAUAGCCAGCAAUUGCCAUGGCGAGGCCAAGGCUGUAAUAUCGCUACAAAUAUUUGCCAAAGAUAUACUUAAAGAUAGCCGCAUGGAUAAGGUUCACACGCGACAUGGCAACAUCGAGACACUCCCACGAUUCGUCAGAAACUUGAGAAAUUUGCGGUGCUGCGAUGGCGACGCCAUUACGCUGGAGUGCCAUGUGGAGGCCAUGCCCGAGCCGUACAUAAUCUGGGAGAAGGAUGGCCAUGUGGUGCCCAGCGACAAGGACUACGUGAUGUCGUAUGACGGCACAAAGGCCAUUCUGAGCAUACCUCGCGUCUAUCCCGAGGAUGAGGGCGAGUACACCUGCGUGGCCAAGAACUCCGUGGGACGGACGCUCUCGUCGGCCUGCAUUAUCGUGGAUGUGCCCGAGGAGAAGGAGAACAUGCUGAGUCGCCAGCUGACACGGCCCAGCGGCCUGCUCUCGGCCCACUCGACGCCCCGCUCGACGCCGCGAUCGACGCCCAAUCGGAGCUUUUCGCCCAUGCGACGCCUCUCGUACCGCACCAGCAGCAUCGAUCUGUCUGGGGUAGCGGAGCGGCGCCGUAGCGAUGCGCGAAAUGCCUUCACAGCUCCCAAAUUCCUUGCCAUUCCCUACAACCGCGUCGUCGAGGAGGGUGACAGCGUGCGCUUCCAGUGCGCCAUCGGGGGCCAUCCCACACCGUGGGCCACCUGGGACAAGGACGGACUGAUUGUGACACCCACCACACGCAUAGCUGUGAAGGAAGUGGACGAUCUGCGCUUCAUCGAGAUCGAUGAGGUGGGCUUCGACGAUGCGGGCCUCUACCGCAUCACUCUGGAGAACGACUUUGGGCGUAUUGAGGCCACCGCACGGCUGGAUGUCAUUCGCAGCUCUCGCUAUUCCAAGUCCCCAUCCGUGCGCAGUGUUCGGGCCUCCUCCUCACGCCGCAAUGCCUAUCUACAUAGACGCAUCAUGGGUCCAUCCACAGCCAUUGGCGGACGCAUGGCAUUGGCAAGCGGCUACCGAGGCUCCUCGGUGCCGUCGGUGCGUUUCUACCACAACAACGUGGAGCUGGAGCCCACGGACCGAGUGCACAUUCUGCUGCAGCCGGAGGACUCAGUGGCCAUGCUCAUCGUGGACAAUGUGACGCGCGAGGAUGAGGGCGUCUACACCUGCAUCAUAAGCGGCGAUCAUGAUCCGUUGAUCAGUGCCACGAGCGUUACCUUCCACGAACCCAACACUGAGGUGCCGCAGCGUCGCGCUGUCAUUGCGCAGCCCCUGCCCGAGAUUACCAAAGCAGUGGAGGGCGAGGCGAUCGAUCUGUGCUGCACCAUCGACUGCGACCAGCCCUACAGCUACCUUUGGCUACGUAAUGGGCAAAUGCUACCAGAUAGUGACGAGUUCAACUACAUUGAUCACGGCAAUGGUUGCCUCUGCCUGCGCUUGAACGAUCCAUUCGACAUUGACUCGGGCACAUACAGCUGUCAGGUGUUUACCUCCCCCAACGAAAGCACGGACAUGAUCCAUAACAACUCCACCUUGGACUGCAGCUACGACUGCAGCAGCAGCGGGGAGUUGUGCAUUCUAGAGCGCGAUCUGUCCCAAAACGACCAAGAGUGCAUCCAACUACUGAAGACGCCGCUGCCCGUGGUCUGCGGUGCGGGGGAGGAGGCGCUUUUCUAUGCGCGUGUUUUCCCCUGCGAAGCGGAAGCCGUCUGGUAUCUCAAUGGAAAGCCGCUCACCGACGAUAUGGAUGACUCACUAAACAUGACGUUGGAGUCGUAUCCAGAGAACGGCAUUCGGGUGCUGCGCCUGCGAGACGUGCAGCCCUCACAGAGCGGCGAGAUUCGGCUGCAAGUGAAGCAUUCACAGACGGAGCGGCGCAUACCCACGGCACGGACAUACACCAGUCUGCUCGUCUUGCCCAUUGUACGGGGAAACAGUAGUGGCUCACCGCUGGCUGCCAGAAGCUGCAUUUUAACACGCCCCGACGAUUGCACCGCCCUCAUUGGUGGUCAUGUGCGGCUAAGCGUGCGCUACGACCCCUUGCCGGGCACCCAAGUCAUCUGGUACAAGGCGUGCCGUGCCAUUGUUGAGGGCUCCAAUGUGACAAUCCGUACAAGCGCGCAGCAGUCGACGCUCUACAUAACGGACAUCUCGGCCGAUGACAGCGGCAAGUACACGGUGGAAAUAAUGAAUGACUACGGCGUGGAGGCGGCAGCCGCCUCGGUGGCCGUCGAGGGACCACCAGAGCCACCCAGCGGACAGCCGAGUGUAUCCCUCGGUCCGGAUCGCAUGGCGGUGGCCUGGUGUGGACCACCCUACGAUGGCGGCUGCAUGAUCACGGGCUUCAUCAUUGAAAUGCAGAGCUGCGAUCCCGCGGACUGUGAUAAGGCGAACGGAGAUGCGGAAUGGCAGCAGGUGGCACGCGUUGUGGACACCCUGGCCUACACCGUCAAGGAUCUGCAGCCCCAGGUGCAGUACAGAUUUCGCGUGCGCGCCGAGAACAUACACGGACGCAGUGCGCCCAGCCAGCCCAGCGAACUGGUGCAGAUGAGCAGCAGCCAGCACGAGACCAGGACGACAACGGACACAUCCACCGUGGACUAUGGACAGGCGGUGAGCGUGCAGUCUGGCGGAGACUUCAAGGCACGCUUCGAGAUCAUCGAGGAGCUGGGCAAGGGACGCUUCGGCAUCGUGUACAAGGUGCAGGAGCGUGAUCAGCCGCAGCAGCUGCUCGCCGCAAAGGUGAUCAAGUGCAUCAAGUCGCGGGAUCGCCAGAAGGUGCUCGAGGAGAUCUCCAUCAUGGGUUCGCUGCAGCAUCCCAAGCUCCUGCAGCUGGCCGCCUCCUUCGAGAGUCCACGAGAGAUUGUCAUGGUGAUGGAAUAUAUCACUGGCGGAGAGCUGUUCGAGCGUGUGGUGGCCGAUGACUUUACCCUCACGGAGCUGGACUGCAUUCUGUUUCUGCGUCAGGUGUGCGAGGGCGUCGCCUACAUGCACAGCCAGAGCGUUGUCCAUUUGGACCUGAAGCCGGAGAACAUCAUGUGCCAUACACGAACCAGCCACCAGAUCAAGAUCAUUGACUUUGGCCUGGCCCAGCGACUGGACACGAAGGCGCCCGUACGCGUGCUCUUCGGCACACCAGAAUUUAUACCCCCAGAAAUCAUUAGCUACGAGCCCAUCGACUUUAAGUCGGACAUGUGGAGUGUUGGCGUUAUUUGCUAUGUUCUACUCUCUGGCCUUUCGCCCUUCAUGGGCGACACCGAUGUGGAGACCUUUUCGAAUAUUACCAGAGCGGACUACGACUACGAUGACGAUGCCUUUGACUGCGUUUCGCAGGAGGCCAAGGACUUUAUCUCGCAGCUGCUGGUGCACCGCAAGGAGGAGCGCCUGACUGCCAAGCAGUGCCUGGAAUCCAAGUGGCUGUGCCAGCGGCACGAUGACAAUCUCAGCAACAACAAGAUCUGCACGGACAAGCUCAAGAAGUUUAUCAUUCGACGCAAGUGGCAGAAAACGGGAAAUGCUAUUCGUGCCCUGGGACGCAUGGCCACACUGUCCGCAUCGCGAAGGAACUCUGCCAUUGCCAUGGGCGCGCUGAACAGCCCGCGACCCUCCAUCUCGGGCCUGGGCAUGCUGAAUGCCGCCAGCGCACUGGUCAGUCCUGUAAGCACGCAAAUGUCGUCGCUGCACGAGGAGGAGGAUGACUUCAGUGUGGAGAUGCCGCACGUGGAGAAGCGGUAUGCCCACGGAGCCCUGAAGCUGCGCGACAAGUCCCAGUGCAGCGAACGCAGCGACUCGGGCUACAGUGAAUGCUCCAACUGCAGCCUCGGGGCCACCGGCGUGGGUGCGCAGGAGACGCUGCUGCUGUCACUGGCCAAAUCCAAGCUGGAACAGAUUGCCAAGGCGAGCAUUAGUCCGCUGCCAGUGGUCCUGGACACACCCGAGAGUCCCAUCAGCCUUGAGUUGCCCGCCAAAGGCGAGGCCAUAAUGCGCUCCGACUUCACCAACACAAUAAAGAUGCGCAAAAAGUCGCUGGAGGACAGUGCGGCACGCGAGAAACCCAAGCUGCAUGCCAAACCGCUGUGCGAGUCCUCCAAAAUGAAGGUGUCCCAGCUAAAGGACAAGUUCCAGCAGGCCAAAAUCGCUUCCGCAGCUGCUGCUAACAAACCCAAGCUUGCCCCAGAGCCCAACAAGAUCAGCAAAGUCGCCAGCGUGGGGCGCAUACCGCUAAAGGAGCCAGGAAAAAGCGGAAGCAGCAGCAAAGCAGCAAAAUCUGCACAAACCCGAUCCAUGCCUAGUUCACCGCUGCCCCAGCGCGCUGCCACGCCAACGCGGCUGAUGAGCCAACGUGUCCGUGAGGCGACCGAGCGUCUUUCCCAACAGCACACGGUGGCAAGCGCUCAACGGCAAAACAGCAAUGGCAAUGGCAAUGGGAACGGGAAUAGUAACAGCAACAGCAAUGGAAACGUCCCAGAGAGUAGUCGCGAGUCACGUGCGCGGCGUCUCAUCAAUAGAUUCAACGAAACGAAACAUAUCACGUCCUAGAUGUAUGUCGCUUAAAUGCCGACACAAACAUAACUUUUAUUACAUUAUUGCAGAAAACAAACCCCAGGAGAAGAAACACUCUACGAAACACUCGAAUAUGAAUGUGAAUGCGAAUAGCGAUUGCGAUUAGCGUUAGCGAACACUGGUUUAGAGCGCCCUCAACCCACAGCUCACACAUCCCACAGCCACACCAUAAACACACAUAAUACACACACAUCCACGUCCACCCCACACAACUCUCUGAUCAGAUCAGGCAACCCGACUAAACGGGUUCAAGCACUGUACUUAGGCUAGGAGGAAGCUAAAUAUUUAAAUUAUUGUAUCGAUUUAUAUACAUAUCUACUUAUUUACCAUACUAAUUAAAGUUAAUGUAACGAAAAA